AUGAUACCGGCCGUCUUCUGUUUCAGCGAUGCUGCCAGACAACAAGGGCCGAUGAUACGGCUGUGCUCGAGGCUGGCCUUGAUGGCCCUUUGGAGUGCCGCGCUCGCCGAACCCCCUUCCAAAUUGCCCUCCCCGGCAAUCACCGGCCUACGGACGACAACAUUGGCCGCAUCAAAGGAGGGAAAUGAGCUGAAAUUACCGUCGUUUGUUGAAGAUCGGAGCACACCCUCCCUGGGAGUAACGACUCCGGGCUCCUCGGCUGCAGCUGGCGUUCUCCUUGCGAAUGGUAAAUUCGAUCGAGAAUCCAGUGCCGUUAAUUGGGAAGCCAGCGAGGGCCGUCGGCCCCUUAUUCUCCUCGGAGAGCCGUCCCUCGGGAGCAUAAUAGGGGACUCGGCCGUGGCAGCAACAGCGGGAGCGCCAACCGCGUCGAUAGAGCUCGUAAACAACGAGCCGCCAGAGGAGGCAUCUCCGGACUCGGGGCGUAUCGAUUUUCCGGAGGGUAGUAGCUCCUCGCUGGCGCCUCUGGAUUAUCACGCCGAGUUGGCUACCAAAGACGGGGGAACAAUGCCGCCUGACAAGGAGGAGGAGGUGAUGCUCUUGCCCCGCGAGCAGCCAGCCAAGCCGACCUCGGAGCUGUGGCCGGUCAAGCACAGCUCAGUGGUCGAGGGCGAGCUCGUCCUGGGUGGCCUGAUGAUGGUGCACGAGCGCGAGGACUCGGUUACGUGUGGGCCCGUCAUGCCCCAGGGGGGCAUACAGGCCCUCGAGGCGAUGCUGUACAGCCUUGACAAGCUCAACGCGAUGCAACUCGUGCCGGGCGUCAAGAUUGGAGCUCACAUACUCGACGACUGCGACAAGGACACCUACGGCCUCGAGAUGGCAGUGGACUUCAUCAAGGGAGAUAAAAACCAUGGUAGCGGCGGCUCGAUCGAGGCACGGGUCCGCCGUGAGUCGGCCAUGAGGUCCGUCCCGGGGUUGACGUCGCCGCUGCUACCGCUGCUGCUGCUGGCUUUGCUGGGACCGGCCGGGGCCCCGGGUGCUAGGCACCGGCGGCGGCGGCCCGAGAACCCCGAGAGCCACCAUCCGAUCCGCCACGGUGACUGGCAGGGUUUCCUGGCGAGCUCCCGUCGGCAGGCCCACGGGGGCUCCGGCCAGUUGCAGCUCCCGGGGUCGCCCACCUGGCCCGUCAAGCUCGAAGCAUUGGUCGAGGGCGAGCUCGUCCUGGGUGGCCUGAUGAUGGUGCACGAGCGCGAGGACUCGGUUACGUGUGGGCCCGUCAUGCCCCAGGGGGGCAUACAGGCCCUCGAGGCGAUGCUGUACAGCCUUGACAAGCUCAACGCGAUGCAACUCGUGCCGGGCGUCAAGAUUGGAGCUCACAUACUCGACGACUGUGACAAGGACACCUACGGCCUCGAGAUGGCAGUGGACUUCAUCAAGGGUUCCAUAAGCAACAUCGACGGAGCCGAGUACCACUGCAACAAAACAGCCGUUCGAAAGGUGAUUAGCGGCGUCGUCGGGGCCGCAAGCUCCGUAACAUCGAUCCAAGUCGCCAAUCUCCUCCGGCUGUUCCGCAUACCUCAGGUGUCGUUUUUCUCAACGAGCCCGGAGUUGUCGAACAAACAGCGCUUCGAGUACUUCACCCGCACCAUACCCAGCGAUCAUUACCAGGUUAAAGCCAUGGUCGAGAUAAUCAAGCAAAUGAACUGGACUUACGUGUCGGUCGUUUACGAGGAGAGCAACUACGGAGUCAAGGCCUUCGAGGAGCUGGAGAGCCUGCUCGCCAAGAACGACAUAUGCAUCGCGGUGAAGGAAAAACUCGUCAAGGACUCGGGCGUCGCCGACGAGAGCGUCUACGACUCGAUAGUCCAAAAACUACUGACGAAGCGCCGAGCCCGAGGUUGUAUAAUCUACGGGUCGGACCAGGAGGUGGCUGGCCUGAUGAGGGCGGUCCGCCGGAGCAACGCGACAGGGGUGUUCUCGUGGAUCGGCAGCGACGGCUGGAGCGCGCGGGGCUUGGUCAGCGACGGCAACGAGGCCGAGGUCGAGGGCACUCUGUCCGUCCAGCCGCAAGCCAACCCGGUCGAGGGCUUCGAGGAGUACUUUUUGAAUCUCACCGUCGAGAAUAACAAGAGGAACCCCUGGUUCGUCGAAUUUUGGGAAGAUCAUUUCAAGUGUCGAUAUCCAAACUCAUCGCUGACACCUUACAACAGCAAAUACGAGAAUCUGUGCACGACGAAGGAGAGGCUGAGCAAAAAGGACAUGGCGUUCGAGAACCAACUGCAAUUCGUCUCCGACGCCGUGAUGGCCUUUGGCUACGCGUUUCGCGACAUGCACAGCGACUUGUGCCACGGUAAAUUUGGCUUGUGCGACGAAAUGAAGCCAACGAAGGGGGAGGAGUUGCUGAAGUACCUACGCAAAGUCGAUUUCGAGGGUCUCAGUGGCGACAAAUUCAAGUUCGAUAGCAACGGCGAUGGUCCGGCUAGGUACAACAUCCUUCACUUCAAGCAAGUCGCCGCGGGCCGGUACGAGUGGAUUCGGGUCGGCAAGUACUUGGAGGACACUCUGCACCUCAACAUGUCAGAAGUGAGAUUCCGACUGGAGCGAGCCGCCCCACCGGAGAGCGUGUGCUCCCUGCCCUGCGAGUUCGGCCAGGCAAAGAAGUACGUCGAAGGCGAGAGCUGCUGUUGGCACUGUUUCAAUUGUACUCAGUACCAGAUACGGAAACCAGAUGACGAGACUCAAUGUAUCGAUUGCCCCGAAGGAACCGUCCCGGACGACACUCACUCUUACUGCCGUGAUAUACCGGAGGAAUUUUUAAAGCUGGAAAGUGGAUGGGCCAUCGGCGCCAUGUCCUUCUCCGCCAUCGGGAUACUGGUGACGCUCUUCGUGGCGGGCGUUUUUCUCAAGCACAACGACACGCCCGUCGUUAGAGCUUCCGGCAGGGAAUUGUCUUACAUUUUACUGUCGGGGAUCCUCCUGUGCUACUUGGUUACGUUCGCCCUCGUCUUUCGCCCGACGAACAUUGUUUGCGGAAUCCAGAGAUUCGCGGCGGGCUUUUGCUUCACGGUGGUGUACGCGGCGCUGCUGACCAAGACGAACCGGAUAUCGCGGAUUUUUCGGGCCGGGAAGCACAGCGCCAAGCGGCCGUCCUUCAUAUCGCCCCGUUCGCAGCUGAUUAUCUGCUCGAUGCUGGUCUUUGUGCAAAUCCUCAUUAACGGGGUCUGGAUGGCCAUUGAUCCCGCCCGGGCCAUGCACCAUUACCCGACCCGCGAGGACAAUCUCCUCGUGUGCAACAGUUACCUCGACGCCAGCUACAUGAUUGCCUUCACCUACCCCAUCAUCCUGAUCAUCGUGUGCACGGUCUACGCUGUGCUCACCAGGAAAAUACCCGAGGCUUUCAACGAGAGCAAACACAUCGGUUUUACGAUGUACACAACUUGCGUAAUAUGGCUGGCCUUUGUGCCGCUGUACUUCGGCACGGGCAAUCACGUAGCUUUGAGAAUUACCUCCAUGUCCGUGACCAUCAGCCUAUCGGCAUCCGUGACCAUCGCCUGUCUCUUCAGUCCCAAGCUAUACAUCAUCCUGAUAAGGCCAGAGAGAAACGUACGGCAGAGCAUGAUGCCCAACAGGCACAGCACGACAAAGAGCUCCGCAGUAACGGGGACGAACGCGUCGAGCAUGAUGGCCCCGAUCACCCUCACCACCGCAACCUGCGACGAAAACAAAACCGUACAGAAGCACCACGCCGCGACAAUGGAUUGCUCGACGCAGAGCGAGUAUUACGAGAUGACGGUGAAAGAGCCGGCGGCGCAAAACGGCAAACCAGCGCUCGUUUCAACGGCCACGCAGACUCAAAGCGACACUUUGAGCAAAGCUGGCUCGACGUCGCCGAACGAGGAGGCCACCACCGGCGAGGUUUCGGACAACUCGUCGAGGCAACCGAACAACGCCUCGAGAAUCGGCAACGGGCCGUUGAGCCAGAAACGCUGACGAGUUCAUUUUUGUUCGAAAAACUAGUAAAAGAAAAACGCUUAUCGAAUGUUAUGUCGCUGACGAACGGGUUAAGUUUAU